UAGUGAAAUCUGGGCGGGUGACUCGAAGUAGCCUGAACACUUGUCGGCGAUAGGCGACUUAUCUGUAAGUGGCCUUUUCUGGCCCUUUUAAUGGCAUUUCAUGUGGACCCAAAUGCGGCGAUUUGCCAAUAUCAGUUCAAAAAAGGAUUUUGUAAUGCCGUGCUUUUGUUUUCUUCAAUUUUGUAUAUUUUAGAUGGUACGUAUGGAAUUACCGUUCGUCAAGAGCCGCACAACUUGCAGGUUUCUGAAGGCGCAAGUGUGAAUAUGACCUGUAAUUUCAGCAUCCAACGUGAAUAUAAUUCCACUGUGACGGCGAACGUAAACUGGUUUAGAAUAGAUGUCAACCGAUCGAAAGUAUAUUCUGACAGGCUAAACAUUUGUGGGUCUUCAAGUUUACAGCUUCAUUCAAUGCGUUUGAAUGACAGUGGUGUUUACAUAUGUGAAGUGAACGUUAUAACACCACUGUUAUUAAACGGCAACGGGACCGGCACACGUAUUUUGGUGACAGCAAUCAGAUCCGGGGGACCAAUGGAAGCGUUUCCAAACUUUCCAGCAGUAGGCAACCUGGCAGCUGUUGGUGUAAGCCUAUUUGGUCUGCUGGUGAUUAUCGUUGUAAUAGCCACCAUUUUCAAAAAACGUCGAGGAAACAGCCAAGUCAGUGUGAACAGAGCAGAAAAUGACCAACAGGCUGAGGUCUCCGAGGUUACUUAUGCAUCCAUCAACAAUCAAAAGUCCCACAGCUCUAAAAACCAACAGGUUGAGGUCGCUGAGGUUACUUAUGCAUCAAUCAACAAUCAAAGGACCCACAGCUCUAAAAACCAACAGAGGAUGGAGGACAAAAAACAGGGCCAGGAUUCCACUAACGAGGAGCAAGUUCUCUAUUCUGCUAUCCGAAUAAAACAUCCAGAUUAGAUGAGCCAUCAUCACAUCUAUUCUACAGUGAUAAAAUAGCCAGUGUGUUUGUGAAAUUAUGUGAAUGUAAAUAGCUGACAUGAAAUGGGCUUUAAAUAUUUUAUUCAUAAAUACUAUAAUAGUAAACAAGAAAGAGAGAGCUGUUUAUGUAUGAAUAGGUAGGAGCUUGUCUAGACACUAGAUGAAUGUGAAUUGAAGAUAUCUCAUUCUGAUGUAAUUCAGGGUCUAGGCUCUGUCAAGCGCUUAGAGACUAUUUCAAUUGUUACUGUCAUUAUAUAAAUAAAACUGAAAUCGAAAAUUGAAAGCAAUACACCUUUGAGGAAUUAAAACUUUAAGGAAUUCCCCCUCUGAAGAACUCACCUUAAGAGUAAAAAACAGCAUGUGGGCCACAGUAGCCACUGUGAUUACAAGAUUAUGUUUUUCCUAUCCAAUUCUGGAGAUUGUUCAGGUUAAGAGGCAAACCUAUUUUGCUACAGGUACCUUGUAUGACAAGAUAAAAGAAGAGUUUGCCAAAUGAUUUUCAUGUUUUCCAAAAAUAUUGUAAAUUAAGUUUGAGGG